AGUCAGUGAUUGAAAUUUGAUAGGCUAUGCCUUGUCUGUAACUUUUUGACGAUGACUCAUUUGAAGACGAUUUAUUCUAUCAAUGUAUUUUUAACACAGUAAAGAUUUGUGGAGACUCAGGUGAUAGCAAAAAAAGAAAUUAAAACAGACUGUUGGGUUAUUGAUGAUGUCUGAUGUCCCUGACAAACAGGAGAGCUCCCAUCAUCAUACUGGGGAGACAGAAACAGCUAAACACCUUUUAUGCAACAGUGACGUUCAUUCAGAAAGCGCUGAUGCUCCGGCUGAGUGCACUAGCUGUGAUUCCCCACUCUCAGCUCCACAUGCCAAUGACACUGCUGCCACUAUAGAGAGUACCUCGGCUGGGGAUUUUUCAACUUUUUUUUGCAAGACCAACCUCAAGGAGAAUAUAGCUGAUGAUGGUCACUGUGAAAUUAACUACCUGGCUGGUGAGAGGAACAGGCUGGAAAGUCUGGAAGACAACCAUGAGUUGGACACAGCCUGUCAUGAAGAGCUAGAAACGGAUGGCGUGAUUGUGUAUCAGAUAAACAAGUCUUUCACCUCGGAUGGCCUGCCCAGUAUGACAGAUGCAGAUACCAACACUGAUGGGGUCAGUGAUUUGAAGCUUGACUUCAAUAAGCAUUAUAACUCUUUUACAUUUGAAGGGCCCUUAACUCUUGACCAGCUGGAUGACGAUGUUUUGUUCUACAUAGCAACGUUCUUGGAAGCAAGAGUUAUCAAACAUGCUUUGAGCAAAGUCUGUCUCAGAUUUCAGGACAUGUUUGCCAGCCAGAGGUACUGGAAGAUGAGGAUCUCUAAAAGGUGGCCCAAAAAGUAUCCUGCCGUGUCAUGUCCACCAGACUUUAAGUGGGAUGAAGCUUGUAUUGAGAGAGAAGAUAUCCAUAGAGUGUGGACUGACACACAGACCUACACUGACCACUUUAUGUAUUCCUGUAAUGUGUAUGGUGAGGUGGACGCCGUACAUCUUAUGAAGGAUGGUGGCCUGCUUGUUUCUGGUGACCGUAACCGCAGUUUAAACCUGAUUGAUCUGACCAAGUAUCCAGGCCCAGCAGCAACAGAUGACCAGAUGAAGGACAUGCUGGUACAUUCUAAUACAGUCUCCCAUGAGGGUUGGAUCUGGAGCAUCACUUCAGUAGGAAAUGAUGUCAUCACUGGAUCAUGGGAUACUAGCAUUAGAAUGUUUGACGCGGGGGCAGAUUGCAAACUUGUUUCAUCAUUCAAAUGCAAGUCCCCUGUCUUGUCGCUGUAUGCAGAAGAAAAUGAAAUAGUGGCCAGCUGUUUUGACAAGAAAGUUUAUUUCAUUGACCGCAGAACAUCAAAUGUUCGUUCUAGAACCUUCCACACAAAGCCAGUGCUGUGUGUCACUGGGAAUGAUAACUUUAUUCUGUCUGGAAGUGAAGAUAAAUCUAUAUCAAUUUACGACCGUAGGGCUGGGAAAAUCUUUAUGAUGUUCAAGCUGGACAGCUACCCAUUGUGUAUGAGUUACUCUGGCAACCAGCUGUGGUUUGGUGAUAAAAGUGGCCAUCUCCACUUGCAUGAUGGGACUGAAGGAGUAUUUCAGUAUGCUGGUUUUUACAAUGUGAGUCAUACUGAAAAAAUUACAGGUGUCAUUAACACACCUGGUGCAAUUUUCACCUGCUCAGGAGACCGUACCGUCAAGGUACUAGAACCAACUAAAGAGCCAGAUGUCAUUGCCACGUUAAGCGUCCACAACAAAGAAAUUGCAAAGAUUGAUUACAGAAAUGGUGUGCUGGUAAGUGCUGGGGGUGAUGAGUGUAUCGGAGUCUGGGUACCCAAACACUGGGGGAAAGAUGCUUAUCGUCUCUCAUGAGCCAUGGAUCCACAUACCUAAGCUCGUAAUUUUAAGACAUUUCUUCACCUGUCUCGUGGAAUGCCAAGUUUCAGCAAGUUUGGUAACUUUAAUAUGAUCACCACUUCUCUCUUUUUGUGAAUGAGGCUGCCUUUUAAGUUGUAUGCUUAGCACAAUUUUUUUAUAUUUUACAAUUGAACAUUACCCAGUGUUUGUUAUCUACAAUCAAAUGCUCCUUAUACAGAUCUGUGUACACUAUUGUACUCAUUUCACCUUACAUGAAGUCGAAAAGCCAUUCAGUUUUUGGUGGCUUAAGCUGAUACAACCAUUUAUAUCUCAUCUCUGAUGUAGUAAGUCUUUUAUUUAAUCAAAGAUAUUUAGUUGAUGAUUACCAAUCAAGAGUUAUUUAUUUAUUUUAUAAAUUUAAUAUGUUCAUAUUGAA